AUGAAUCUAUUGGAUCCACGACAAUUAAUGAUGAAUCCGUUUGCGUAUAGUGUAAUGGAUCCGGCAACGAUAGCAUUACUGAAUACAACAUCCGGUACACAAAAUAGUAGUGCUGGAAAAAUUGUCACGACAUCGAGUAAUUUGCAUGGCAAUAAUAAUUCGGGUAAUAGUAGCUUCCGAAUUUCGGAUAUUCUUGAUUCAAAUGAUGAUAAAGCGAAUACAAGCGGUGAAAAUGGUUGGUUAAUUUGA